UCUUUCAACGAUCUCGAGCGAGGUGUAAGCGCCUCAUCCAAAGGAGGAAACACGCGCUUCUCUGGAGGAGCGCUCCGAGCACCUCAGUCACCAAAGGACACUCAAUUCCUGAAUCUUCAGUCCUCGCUAUCUCUCAACGUCUUCAAAAUAAGUGCAAAUGUUCAGGGAAUAGGCAAGCUUGUGGAUCAGUUGGGGACCAACAGGGACACUGAAACAACGAGGGAUAUGAUCAAACGGGGAACCGAAGAUCUCAAGCAGUUAUCGAUCCUGCAGUCCCAAUUACCCCAUCAGCAAUCGUUGCUGAAGAAAACGUCCCAUGAUUUCCAGCUCGCCGUUGCUGCAUUCCAAAAUGUGCAAAGGCUGAGUGCAGAGAGGCAAAGGACGGUUGUCGAAGUUGUAAAACAGACAGCAGCUGGCGAAGAAAGUGGACCAGACGCCGCAGCUGCACGACCUGCCAGUCCAUCCAUGCAACAAACCCAAAUGCAAAUUCAGUGA